CCUUUUUUUGUCAAUGUCACAGACGAUUGCGCGCGCUCGUGCGUUGUACGAGUUCCAAGCAGCGAGUGAUGUCGAGCUCGCUCUUCAGCCUGGUGACAUCAUUCUGAUUACGCGCAUGGACGUCGGCGGCGGCUGGUGGGAAGGACGCGUCGCUGGCGAAGACACGCCGCUCGGACUCUUCCCAGAGCACUACGUUGAGCUGAUUCCGCAGCCAACUCCGGCUCCAGUGAGCGGGCCGCCGAAAUUGCCGGCGCGAAACCCGCCACCGCGCGGUCUUCCGGCGCCGUCUUCCCCGCCUGCAACGAGCGAGAGCUACGACUACGAGGCUGAUAUCGACGCUGCCGAUGGCGAGGCCGAUCCAGAUGCAGAGUAUCCCGAGGCGUCGAACGACGGUCCCGACGAUGUGGAAGACGAGGCCGACGAUUACCCGCCUGUGCCACCCGCAGACUAUACUCGACCAUCUGGAGACGAGUACGAGGAUGACGACGACGAGGGCUCGGAUUCGGGCUACAGUUUUAGCAACCAGGCUAUGAGCACUAGCCCCGGUGCCGUCGGUCGCAAGAGCAGUUUCCGCGUCGGGUCUCCGACGCAAGAGAAGCCCUACCGUAUCAUUGAGGGACCACGUUGGGAGCACACCUCAUGGCCUGUUACAGUCAUGGUCAGCAAGCCAGAGAAAAAGUCAAAGUACUCGGGCAUGAAACAGUUCACGUCAUACAACGUGACGUCUUCGUCCAUGAAAACGUCCGUCAGUCGGCGCUACAAACACUUCAACUGGCUUCACAAUCGGCUUGGAGAAACCUUCCCGAAUGUCUCCAUUCCGCCAAUGCCCGAGAAGGUUCUGCAAGCCAAUUUCAAGUUUGACGAGCAUUUCAUCGAGAAGCGAAGGCGUGGUCUUGAGCGUUUCCUCAACCGCGUGGCCGCCCACCCUGUUCUCGGCACAUCCAACGUCUUUCUACACUUUCUGACGGCAGCUGAAAAAGCGAACUGGAAGAGUGGCAAGCGAAGUGCCGAGAAGGAAGCUGGACGAUCGUCUUUCAUCGAGACGAUGGAGUGUCCUCAAAACAACGUUCCUGACAACCGGGUUAUGAUUGUUGAGCGAUUCGCCAAGAUGGCAAAAGCGAUGGAAAAGAGCGUCACGUACCUCUCGUACACGACCGAGCAUUUUCAAAAUAAACGAGCCGAAUUUCGCUCAGAAUAUGGCAAGCUCAGCUUUGCGUUGCGCAGAGUCGUCCUUCACGAAAAGGAGGCAUCCGGCCCGAGCAGUCAGCCCGCACCGGUCGACCCUGUCAGCGGAGCUCCGACGUCCGAGAAUCUCUGGUGUUGGCGAGACGACUGCGAGGCGUGUGCCCCGCUCAUCAAGGGCAUGGAGAUGAUGAGCAUUGGCGUUGGCAAGAUUUCGUCCACAAUGGACUUGCAACGCCAAAACGACACCGUUCCGUUGAUGGAAUUCCUCAAGGAUUAUACGGGCAUCUUGAAGACAUUCCCUAGCUUGAUCAAGGCACACGAGAAUGCUGUUGAUGCAUACAACCAGGCACUCCUCAAAGAGAAGGAGUCUGGUGACACUAUCUCCCAGCUCAAAAACAAGUGCGAGGCCAUCAGCAACGUGACGCUGGCAGAGUUUGAGCACUUCCACUCGAUGCGGCUGCAAGAUUUCAAGGACAUGAUGGACAGUUUCAUCCAGGAACAGGUGUUCUUCCAUAAAAAAGUCGCAGCGAUGUGGGAGGAAAUGCUUCCCUACUUUGGCGCCGUUGAAACGACCGACCGCGUUUGAUUGCCGCUCCUCUUGUUUUGCAUACCUGUGCGCGUUUUUUGGAUAUGCUUCUUGUUAUUACGUUGAAUAGACCUUUUGGAUUGUA